AUGGAUAAUUUCGGCUGUGAGGAAGGAAUCAAGCUCAAGUUCUCACUGAAACUUCAAGAAAGAGCAAACAGUGCCAAGGAAGCCGUGUCAAUUCCAUAUAAGAGCUCUAUCCAAGUGCAAUGCACACCGUCGGUAAGCACGUCACAAACGCAGUAUACUUGCUGUUGUGUGACGGACGAGGCUUCACAAACCGAAAUUUGUAUGAAAAAUAAGAAGAAUCAGGAAUGCGAAGCGUCUGUGAGAACCAGCGACGCUUGCGUGCAGCCUACGUUCUCCGUCACUGACAGGGCCCUGCAAACUGACUCAAUAGAGACUGACAAUGAUGAAUCCUCUGAGACACCGCUUUGGAGCGAUUUCGAUCGAGUACCGGUUUUGGAGUUCGACGUAUCGCAGCAGACAUCUCCUGUCGCCACUCAAGAUGCCUGGUCCCAUUUUGAUUUGGUGGUCAACUCCGUGGCCAUCCAGACGAUUAGGGAUCAUACCAAGGAGAUAGAGUGUGAGGCAAAGUGCAAAGCCGUGGUCGACUUGCUCGAAGUGGCCGUAGGCCAAGCAGACAGUGAGAGCUGGAUAAAGGUCUACCUAGCUGAACUGGACGAGGAAAGACGUCAGCGGCUGAUGGAUAUCGGCAUUCAAACAGGAGUUCUGGCAAGAGUGCAGCAUAUAUUUGAAACUUUAGACACGGACAUUCCUCCCGGAUCCGAGGCGAUACGACAAGGAAGUCGCCUCGACGACGUGGAAAGCAACGAUGCCGUUGGUGAAAGCUCAACUACACUUUUACCGCGCCCCUCGUCAAGUGCUUCAGUGCCUCAAUCACCAGUGGACCAACUUUCUGCCCCUCCACAACUGUUUAGGAACAAGUAA